GUAUAUACACACUCCUCCCCCUUGCUGUAAAAGGAGACUGUGCACUUCCUCACUGUGUGUGAGGAAGGUGAAGGUUUUACUGCUCCAUGGAUCACAUCUGUUUUUUCACUGCUACAAAGAUGAAGACCUGGACUUUCAUGCUUAUCCUCACACUGUGUGUAGUUGCAGUGUCGGCCCACAGCAAAGUCAGGCAGAAGAGAACAUGGAUCAUCGACUCCUUCAGUAUAGAGGAAGAAAACCCUGGUCCUUUCCCAUAUACACUCGGCACCAUUCAUGUGGAGAAGAAAUAUUUAGUAAAUUUCAUACUCAGUGGCAGUGGUGUUGAUGAGGAACCCAAAGGUGUGCUGAGUAUCAACAGUAAAACUGGCGAGGUUCUUGUGCAUAAAAAAAUCGACCAUGAAGCCUUUCCAGUUCUCAGGCUCAAGUUUGAAGCAAAGAAUGUCUCCAAUGACAAAGUGGACACGAGGCUCGGCGUUGAGGUCAAGAUCCAUGAUAUUAAUGACCAUGCCCCUGUUUUUAAACCUCUUAACUAUGAAACAACACUCAACGAAUCUGUACCUCAAGGUAAAAUGGUUAUGACAGUCUUUGCAACAGAUGGUGAUGACGCAUCCACCUCCAAUGGCACCUUUAAAUUCAGACUUGUCUCAGCCACUCCAAAAACAGAUAAUGUUGAAUUUUAUAUGAGUCAGAACAUAAACACAGGAAGUAUUUAUUUCAAAGGCUGCUUGGACUAUGAGAAAGCACAGAAAUACACCCUCAUGAUCGAAGCCAAAGAUAAUGGGGACAAAGUGCAGCUGUCCAGCACGAGCACAGUGGUCCUGAACAUCAUGGACCAGAACAAUCACCUCCCUGAAAUCACUGGUCACACAGGUCCUGGAAAAAUACUAGAACAAGAGAGUGGAGUGGAAGUUCUGCGUUUGCAGGUAACGGACAAAGACACACGAGGUUCACCAGCCUGGAAAGCUAAAUUCACUCUUCAUGGAGAUCAGGAGAACUAUUUUAAAAUCCAAACCGACCCCAAAACUAAUGAAGGAAUCCUGACUGUUGUAAAGGCAAUGGAUUACGAGGUGCAAACGUCAAGAAACGUGUCAAUCAGUGUGGAAAAUGAGGUGCCCUACUUCUUCUGUAAGGUGAAAAACCCUACUUCAAAUGGCUUAUGGGAAAUAGAGACUUUUUCUGAAGGGUCCAGUACGGAGGCAGCUAAACUUCCUAAGCUUUAUCCAGUCACCAUUGCUAUCGAAGACAUUAACGACCCGCCAGAAUUUGUACCACCUGUUAAAGAAAUAAUGAUCAUGGAGAAUACAAAAGUAGGAACUCUCUUGGACACCCUUACAGCCAAAGACCCAGAUAAGCCACUUGGAAGCUCAUUUCACUUUAUUAAAGGAGAAGAUAAAGAUAACUGGGUGACUGUAGAUCCAAAGACUGGUCAGGUGACUGUGGCCAAGGUCAUGGACAGAGAAUCACCAUUUGUGAAAAACAAUACCUACAGUGUCAUUGUGUAUGUUGUAGACAAUGCUCAACCUCCACUGACAGGUACAGGAAUGGUGCUCAUCCAUCUAGGAGAUCAGAAUGAUAAUGUACCACUGUUGGAGGUGGACAAAGUGAAUGUGUGUUUAUCAGACAAGGAAACCAUGACUAACAUCACUGCUGUAGAUCUGGAUCUUCCACCAUACAGUGCACCAUUCCACUAUGAGCUCCUGGGAGAUGUCAAGGGAAAAUGGAGAAUCGAACCAAACCAUGGAACGACUGUGAACCUAGUCCGAGAGAAGAACGUCUAUUCAGGCCAUUAUGAGUUGCAGAUCAAAAUAUCAGACAACCAGGGCUUUGGUUUGGUCCAAAACCUGUCCGUCACUGUGUGUGACUGCACCAGCACACCCAGCUGCCAUGUUCACAGAUCUAUGAGUGCACAGCCAAGCCUCAGCGCCAUUGGGAUCAUAAUCUUUGCUUUGUUGUUACUGCUAGCGUUCCUUUUGAUGACUCUUUUGCUAUCCUGCAAACAACAGAAAACUAUGAUCCCAACUGACGAUGUUCCUGACUGGUAUCUUAUUAACUCCAACAUUGAGACGCCUGGCACAGACUGCAAGAUGCCAGCUAAAACAGCCCAAAUGGACAUGAGUGAGGACAUUGUGAAGACAUCCAAUUCUGUAGGACCUCAAAAUGGGAUUUCCACACAGAUGUCAGUGCUUCAGAAUGGUUUCCGUCAAAGUUUUGGAUCAUCCACUGAACAACAAAUGAUAAGGAGAUCUCUCCGACGGAGUUUGACAAGACGUUCUUACCGGCAGAUCAACAAUUAUGAUAUGAUGGACUCAAUGAGCAAAAACUAUUCUACUUACAACUCAGAUGACUUUCAUAUGAGACAAGCGUUGUUGAUUCAGCUUAAUCAGCGACUCCUCCAACUCCAGACUCCACAAGAGGAGCUUGGCGAUUAUGAGCCGCACUGCUAUGCAGAUGAAGGCGAACCCGAAACAGGCCAAAAACUCGAUACCAUCUCCAUUCCUGAGAUAGAUUUCUAUCCAGACAUCCUUACAAAUUUAGAUUUCCAAUUCAAUAAAUUGGCAGCUGUGUGCAGGCCUGAUCUAAUGUCAUAGUUUGAGUGAAAAACCGAAACAGUAAUAAUCAGUAAAUAUUUUUGCUGACUCUUUGACGGUAGCUUAUGGUUUGUGCUGUAUGCUUACAUGACACUAGGAUGUGCAGGUUAUCAUGAUUUAGCAUGCCUACCUCAUGGACGGAUGGGUAAAUUGACGGAUGUACAAUAUUAUUAAACUGAUGUGGGUUUACAUGGUUCUGUACACUGAGCAUCAGCAGAAUGAUUCAAGCUCAAGCAAAAAAGCCUUUAUUCAAACGUCUAUUAUAUAAGACUUUGCCUCUCAAAAUUCAUUUAAGUGAGAACGUGUUGAACGAGUUCUCUUUUUGCCAAAUUCAUCUACAGUAAGCGUACUUUAAUUCCAGGAAAUUGUGAACCCUGGAAAUGUUUGCCAACAAAAACCAUAAAGACGGGCUGUAGUCCAGUGACUACAGUAACAGUCAUAUUAAGUAACAGUCAUGAUUCUUCUCACUGGUAUUUUUGGGUCUCGGUUGCAAAAACUAGCUAAAUGAGCCACUAUGUUUCCUACAUCCAAACAGCCCAUAGGCAUGUAUUUUAAUCCACCCAGGUGAAAAAAACAGCUUUAUUCCAAGCUCAGGUUACUAUCUGUGUGGAGUGUCGUAUGUUCUCCCAGUGUCCAUGAGGAUUUCCUCCUCUGGGUUGUCCAUUUUCCUUCCACCUCCUAAAAACAUACCUGUAGGUGGACUGGCUACUCAACAUUGCUCCUAGGUUUGAAUGAGUGCGGGAAUGUGUGUCUGAACUGAGGUCCCACCCAGAGUGUAUGCCUGCCUUGCUUCUGGUUUUCUGGUAUAGGCUGUGGAUCCACUGAGACCCUGAUCAGGAUAAAGCCUUUACUGAAGAUGAAUGAAUGAUGAUGAAUGAAUGAAAAAUUGGAAUGGUAUUUUUCAAAAGCUGAUUUAGAGAACAUAGCUUUGGUUAUGGUUAUCAGUUAUAAUGGGUUUGUACUGUCUUUUGUAAAGUUCUGUAUUAGAAGUUGGUGGAAGAUUUUAAACUCAAAGGACUCCUACUCUUACUUGGAAAGACCUAAAAAUUAUUUGAAGAGGAAUGUAAUUUUUUUUUUUGGUGAUCAUACAUACUAAGGGUGUAAUUCAAAGCCACUAACUGUAUUUGUAUAAUGAUCUAAAUAUCUGCAUCUGUAUUCAGAUUUGAACCGCUGUCAGAUUGUAUUAUGAAGCUGGGACACAGUGCUGCUGUGAGUCAAAAUGGGGUCCUUUAAGCAGCAUUUCAUUAAAAUGUCCUAUGAUUUUCUGGGAAGCUUUUCUUUUAGUAACAAUGGAGAACAUUGAUAUAUAAGAACAAUGAAUGUACAUUUUUUUAAGACCCCAGCAGAGCUGCCAUGUGCACAGAGCAUGGUCUGCAUGGGCUACGGGAGCACUGGAUCUAUAAAUAAAAGCAUUUUCUUUUAUGAAUUUCAGGCCAGUUUGUGUAGAAAUAUGAUAUACAUAUGUUUCAUUUUGGAGCUCAGUAAGGCAGGUUAUUGGAGCAAACCUUUGACAAUGCACAAAAAAAAAAAAAGAA